UCUACUGUCUAACUGCAGUAUAACCUCGUGUUUCAUUCAUUCUCGAGUCUCGUACAGUCGAGUCACGUGGACUUGACGUUUGUUUUGAACUAUUGUUUUGAAUUGUUUUUGAAUCGUACCCGAAUUAUUUAAUUGUUCAAUUGUCACUUGAAUUUCAUUAUGAAGCCAGGACGUGGAAAAAAAUUCUCUAAAAAGAAGCAAGAAUUUAAACCCAAAAAAAAGAAGGAGAAAUUUAAUUAUCAUACUUCAUCUUAUAUUAAAGACCGCAAGGCUAGAUAUGAAGAAAUUGAAACCCGUCGCAAGAGAAUAGAAGAAAAUAAAGCUAGACAGAAUAGUCGUAAAUCAGCUGUACAAGAAGUAAUGGAAGUAGAAGAAAAUCCAUUGAGUGAUCUUUUAAAAUCAUUUGGUAAUAAAAUUGAUAAUGCAGCUGUUGAUUCUGAUUCUGACAGUUCUGAACCAGUUGAUGAAGGUAGUGAUAAUGAGGAAGAUAUGGAUGAGGGUGAAGAAAAUCAGGGAAAUGAUAGUGUUUCAAAUUCUGAUGAAGAUGAUGAAGAUGCUUAUGAUGUUGGUAAGACAGAAAACAGUUAUACUGAAAAUGAUACUGCAGAUGACGGUGAAAAUGCAAAACAAAUAAAUAUAGUAUUUAAGGAUAAAAAUGAAGAAGAUGAUCAAACGGAACAAGAAGAUGCAGGUCAUGUUUAUGAUCCAUUUUCUAUUCAUUUGAAUCAUGAUCUAGAUUCUAAACUUUAUGAAGUUUUAACUACUACGCCUGUGUCAAAUGAAAUUGGUCGAUUGACAUGGCCAUGCUUAGGAAAUCUCCAAUAUGAAAUACCUAAAACAAAAAAUGAAGAGUCAACAUGCAAAAAAGAAAAAUUGACUCUUUUAAAUAAACAAACAUUUGCUGCUUCAGGUAAACCUCCCAGACUCAUCAGCAAAGUCAAUUGGAAUGAAUUGUAUGUAAAGUCUAUGAUUCAAAAUAACUUAUUAAGAGCUAAUUCUGAUAAUCUACCAGCUAACGUGAAUGAAACAAGCAGCCCUCUGACUCAAUUACAGAAAGAAUUGUUUUCAGUUAUGAAUCAAUAUCAAGAUUUAUUGUACUGUCAAAGAAAUUUUAACAAUGAAUCACAAAUUAGAUAUAUUUAUUGUUUGCAUGCUGUUAAUCACAUCUUAAAAACAAGAACUAAAAUUUUGCAUCAUAAUGCCAAAAUUCAAAAGGCCAAGUUAAGUGAUAUGAGUGAAAUUCCAGAUGAAUAUAGAGAUCAGGGACUAGUUAGACCCAAAAUACUGAUUUUAGUACCGUUCAGACAUUCAUGCUUGAAAAUUGUUGAAUUGUUAAUAUCUAUUUUUAUUGGCGAAGAUAAGGGCGGCUCUGUAAUAAAUAAAUCAAGAUUUAUGCAAGACUUUGGUGGUAAUGAGAUUUCACUGCCAAAAAGAAAUCCUAAGCCUGAAGAUUAUGAACUUACUUUCAAGGGUAAUACAGAUGAUACAUUCAAAAUAGGUAUUUCAAUAACCAAAAAAGCUCUCAAGUUAUAUUCAGACUUUUACUCGUCAGACAUAAUCAUAUCAUCAAUAUUAGGAUUAAGGAUGACCAUAGGAGCUGAAGGUGAAGAAGAUAGAGAUUUUGAUUUUCUCGCAUCAAUUGAAAUGUUAAUAAUGGAUCAAAUGGAAGUGUUUUUGAUGCAAAAUUGGGACCAUCUUAUUCAUGUUUUAGAUCAUUUACAUCUUCAGCCAAAAUCUUCACACAACACAGAUUUUGCACGAGUGAGGAGUUGGUGUGUCAAUGGAUGGAGUAAAUACUACAGGCAAACUCUGAUGUUCUCAAGUCUUAAACUUCCAGAAAUAAACGCAAUAUUCAAUAAGAGGUGUCACAAUUAUGCUGGCAAAGUUAGAGUAGUUAAUCCAGUACUAUCAGGCACAAUUAAUCAAGUCCUUGUACCAUUCCCACAAUACUUUCAACGAUUUGAUGUGCGGAACCACUCCAAAGCUAUUGACACUCGCUUUGAAUUUUUUAUUUCUAAGAUUUUACCAGAGUUCAAAGAAACUAUAAUGAAUCAUACUCUCAUCUUUGUUCCUUCUUAUUUCGACUAUGUGAAGCUUCGAAAUUAUUUCCGCAAAGAAGAGCUAAGUUUUGGUCAAAUUUGUGAUUAUACACCUGAUUCAAAAGUGGCCAGAGCCAGAGAUAUGUUUUUCCACAGUGAAAAACACUUUUUAUUGUACACUGAAAGAUAUCACUUCUUCCGCAGACUAAAAGUCAAGGGUAUACGACAUAUAAUUUUUUAUAGUCCACCAACAUUUCCACACUUUUACAGUGAAAUGUGCAAUCUGAUGCAAGAAGGAUACCUUAAUCCAAAAUCUGGUUCAACAAGCAAUAUGAAAAUAACGACAAUUUACUGUAAGUACGACGCACUGCAAUUGUCUUCUAUUCUGGGCAAUGAAAUGGCUGGAAAAAUUAUCAACGCUAACAAGGCAUCUAAAAUGUUCAUGUCAGAAAGGAUAUAGAAUUGAAUCUUGAAUAAGGUCAACUGUAAAUAAUUUUGAAAAAAAAGAAAAAGAAAAUAAACUUACAA